UUAAUGGAGUUUAAGCCACGCCGGGCUCACAAAAAGUCCCGCGAUGGCUGUGUGCAGUGCAAGGAGCGGCACCAAAAGUGCGACGAGACACGCCCAGUCUGCGUUCUCUGCGCUACUACCCAGCGGCAUGGGGAGCCACGGCGAGAAGAGAACCAAGUCUAUGCCCUAGAGCACAUGGUCUUACUUCGGCAUGCAGAAUCUGAGAGCGCACAUUUCAUGAUGUGCGACGAAAGUUCAGACGCUUUGGUCUCUAGUAUUUGCGACCUGGCGCUCACUUCUCAAUAUUUGAUGGACGAAUUCCUCGCUCUGUCUGCGUUACAUUUGAGUGUACAUGAUCCUUCUAAACACGGAAAGUACUCGCGAAUGGCCGUCGAGCUGCAGGUUCGAGCCCUAUCUCUUCACAAUCCUGUGACGAUGGAAUUGUCCGAGCAAAACUGCAUCCCUCGUUUUGUCUUCUCCGCUCUCCUGGGCCUCUACGUGCUCCAUGACACCCUUUCGACCAUUGAGAACGACUUUGACGCCUUCUUGGGCAAGUUUGGGGAUUACCUCAAUCUCCAACAAGGUGUCGGCGUUAUUUGCAAAGAAUUCUGGCACGUCAUCUCAAGUUCAAAAGGGCCAGCAUUCUUCGUGAGUGAGGAGCAUAUCAGCCCAGACGGGAGUAAAUUGACGAGCUCGGGUCACGCGUGCGACGCAAUCGAAGAAAUGCUAAUGGAGUCUAUCCUGCCUCCAGCAUCUCUCGACACAUGUCGGAGUGCAACAAAGUGGCUCAAAAAUGCCUUUCGUCUGUUCGAAAUAUUCUCCGCACGAGGGAACAGGCGAGUUCACGCCGCGAUAGCGUUUCCCGUCAAUGUCCCCCCGAGGUAUGACGAACUGUUGAGGCAAAAGGCGCCGGAAGCUCUUGUCAUUCUGGCGCAUUAUGGGGUAUUACUCCAUCGAUGUCGGGAAUUCUGGAUUAUUGGUAGUGGAGGAAAGGCAAUGAUUCGAAUCAUCGCAGCCCAACUUGGGCAGCAGUGGCAUCGCUUCAUGGAACUACCCAAUGCUGUGGUGAGAGACUAG